CUCGCCCGUUUGCUUAAGAGUUUUCCCCUCGACAGCAUCCGUUUCUAAUUCCCCGAGGCCUUAUUAGCUUCAGCAUCGUCCUCCACGGCGCUUCACAAGCAGAGAUCCGAUCUUGAACCUACCCCUCACGAGCCCCUCCAUCGCCCGGUCCUGGACACUAUGGGGAGCCAGAAACGCAUAGCAAAGGAAUUGGGCGAACUCACCAAAGCCCCGCCGCCAGGCAUACAGGUGUCCCUCGCCGACGAGGCCGACCUGUACAAAUGGGAAAUUCACAUGCAGGGACCCGACGAUUCACCGUACAAAGGCGGCACCUUUGUCCUUAACCUCGUUCUCCCGCCCGAAUACCCUUUCAAGCCUCCAACUGUCUCCUUCACGACAAAGAUCUACCACCCCAACGUAACCAACGACGGAAAGGGAACAGUGUGUCUAGGAAUGCUACGCGCCGACGAAUGGAAGCCAUCGACCAAGCUACAGUCCGUGCUGGAGUUCGCGAGACAGUUGCUCUCGGAGCCGAUGCCGGAUGAUGCAGUGGAGGGAAAGAUCGCCGAGCAGUUCAAUCACGAUAGGAAGGCAUUUGAUCAGGCAGCCAAGGAGUGGACGAAGAAGUAUGCGAAAGAGGGCAAGAAGUCGUUCUGGUGAGCUGGGGGGUGGGAAAUGAAUACCGUGCUCGGAGCCCUAGUGUUCCAGAUUUGACGUAUUAAUUUUGUGGGACUCUUGUAAUGAUUUGAUGAAGCAUCGGGUUAUUCAUGAGUGGGGAUCUCAUGUGCGUGAGCGGCUGGGAUCUGGGAGUUAUGUUUGAUUGAUUCGGCGUACUUGCAACAGUAUGGUUUAUGUUGGGGGCACAGAUAAAUGGCGUUUACACUGCUUCCGAGCAAAUAGAGAGGAAUAA